CCACAGUCCUCCAGUGAUGACCGGCUACUUGGGAACAAAACACAGAAGAUUGCUCCUCCAAAAGAUGCCAGCUGCUUCUAAUCCAUCAAAUCAAUUUACUUUUGAGUGUUAAAAGAAGUGGUGGAUGGUUUAAUUUCCGGUGGAGUCCCUAAAGUUGCUCUCGGAGAAUCACCAUUAUUAAAAUCUGCUGGUGUUAGUGGGGGCCGGUAUGUGGCCCCCUGACCUCGGUCCUCCAGAUGUGCAGUUGACUCUUCCUGGUUUCGGGAGCGUGUUUGAAGAUGCCGAGGAUCUUCAGGCGCCUCUGUCCUCCGGUGGCUUCUGCCAGCCGUCCAUCAGCUCGGGAGGCCUCUGCUGCCUUUCCAGGACCUCGCUGUCCCUGUCCUCUCUGGGAUGUGACCUCAGCUCCCUGCUCAGCUGUAAGACCGCGGCACCCCACCUAGAAAAGACUGUGGAGGACUUUGCCAGCAAAGCUCAGACGGACCCCAGAAACGGUGCCCAGAGGUUCAGCUGCUUCCCUCAGCCCUCCUUUCCCGUCCCCUACAUGCUCACCAACUGCGCCACGUCUCCGUCUUUCGUUUCUCCACCGUCCUCCCUCUCCACUUCCUCCUCCUCUUUACCUCUGACCUCCUGCUUGCCUGCGUCUGAUAACCACCACAAAGUGUCUCAGCAGCAGCAGCACAAUCCACAGGAGGAGUAUUGCUCGAUCAAACAGGAGCCGGCAGAUGAUUUCACACCGUGCAAAAGGGAGCCAGUUCAAAUGAGCAGCCAGCAGGGGCCACUCUUCCAUCUGGGCCAGUCCCUGCAGGGUUACAGCGGUCAGGACGGCACCCGGUCACCUCUUCACUCCCCCGGGCCGCUGGGGCAGAGCCCCACGCUGGACCAGCAGGAGCAGUCGUGCCACUGGAUCGACUGCAGCGCCACCUACGGCUGUCAGGAGGAGCUGGUGAGGCACAUCGAGAAGGUGCACAUCGACCAGCGCAAAGGGGAGGAGUUUGCCUGUUUCUGGACCGGCUGCAUCCGGCGACACAAGCCCUUCAACGCCCGCUACAAGCUGCUCAUCCACAUGAGGGUUCACUCUGGAGAAAAGCCCAAUAAAUGCAUGUUUGAGGGAUGUUCGAAGGCGUUCUCUCGUCUGGAGAACCUGAAGAUCCACCUGAGGAGCCACACGGGAGAGAAGCCGUACAUCUGCCAGCACCCCGGCUGCCUCAAGGCCUUCAGCAACUCCAGCGACCGGGCCAAACACCAGCGCACGCACCUGGACACGAAGCCGUACGCCUGUCAGAUCCCGGGCUGCACCAAGCGCUACACUGAUCCCAGCUCGCUGCGAAAGCACGUCAAGGCGCAUUCUGCCAAAGGCCUGCAGGAGAGGGAGCUCAGAGGGCCGUCUGCAGCUUCUGCUAAGGUCCACGCUGUGCUGGAAUCUGAUGUUUUGAGUGAUUGUCUGGCAGGACAGCAUCUCCACGGCUCUGCAGCUUCCCACCAAGAGAACGGCUCACCUUUGCCAGCCUUGCACGACUUUGCAGGUUUGUAUUCAAAUAGCAGCACCACCCAAAAUAGGGGGAAUCCAGAGUUUUUACCUCCAUCUGCAGACACCUGCUCCAGGUACCCAGGCCUGGAGGGAAACUUUAACGCCAACAGUCCCAUAUCUUCACUGACCAGCCCGGGCAGCAUGCCAGAGCGGCUGGGCGCAGCAUCCCUGUUUGAGGCGGCCGACGGCAGCCGGGUGAGCUCCUCCACUGACAGGCUGGACGUCCAGCUGCAGGCCUUCCAGAAGACCUACAACCACCAACAGCAGGUCUUCUCACAGCAGCAUCAAGACUGUCUGUACGGAGAGGGAAAGGCGGGUCCUCCGGGCAGCGACGGAGGCUAUGAGUCUUCCAGUUACUUCACAAACCCGCCCGCCUCCCACUCUGCAGGGUUCGACUUGCUGCAGGACCUGCAGGGCCAGGCGGGGGGCGGUUACUCCAUGUCUGCCUGUCCAGACGACGGCUUCCUCUUCCAGGCGGGAGGUGUCGACCGCUGUCUGAGUCAGAUCUACUCCAUCUACCUGGACUCGUGAUCGGAAACCUGAAGCCAAAAAGAGUGAAGCGCUCCCACCGAAAAUGAGCAAAAAGCAGCACAAAGGAUGUGAGACGUUCAGGCACACCUACGACAGGCUGCAGGAGGGUGUUGUCAGCACUGCUCUUCUUUACAGAAGAGGCCGGUGGCAGUUUUAACCGAACAAAAUAUGACUGGAGGAUAAGAAACUGUGUGCAAAAGUGGUGGAUACGGAUGACCGAAGUCUGUCUGCAAAACCGAUGUAAAUAGCAGUGAAUUUUAUAUUCAGAGAUGACCUUAGCGUUUGUGAUCUGGAUAGAAGGAGCUAUUCACUUAUAUUUUGUGCUCUCCUAUUCACUUAUAUUUUCUCUCUGUGUCUUUCUCAGCAAUGUCAAACUCAACCAUGGAGGACAUUUCUGCAUUUCCAGCAGUAUAACACAGAGCCUCCCCGUCUGGGCUGAAUUAUCAUGUCAGCACACACUGAAUAAAACCAACGAAACAGAAAAGCAAUUUAAGUCCCCAGAGCACUUCGAUAAGACAAUCUAUGAUCUUUAAAUGCUAAGGUUGUAUUUGUUUGGCAUUAUGAGAAAUUUCCUCCGUCCCAUAUUUCCCAAAUGUUUCAUUAGAAGCAAAUUUACACGUCUAAGAUGGUUAGCUUAGCUCGCCAUGAAGAGCAAAACAAUCGGCUUGGCUUUAAAACUUGCUGGAACCCAUUUGUCUUUAGUGGGAAACGGUUCCAUCCACUUUCAUACAUAAGUAAAACUACUCUGCCGUGUCAUUGGUACAGCACGUUCCGGCCAACCGAGUUUUGUUUCCAGGUUGGUGCAAAGAAUGUUGGAAAUGUUGCCCGAAGUGCAAACAUUCAGGGCCCUGAAUGAGGGACCAGCUCCUGUCUUCAGGCUAAACUAACCAACUUCAGCUGUUCCUUUCAGUAAAUGAAAUGUCCAAGUAUCCAGCUUGUCCUGUUUUGUGUUUAAACUGCACUAAAGUGUCAUUGAGCAACCAGCGAGUUGUUUUUGGAGUUGAAGUUGCAGCAGUAAGCUGAAACACUGCUGCUCCCUCGUAUAAAUGAUGGUACAGAGCGUGUCCAGGUGAGAGACUCUGAUGAACAGAAGUACUGCACUAUUUGCUUUAAAAACAACACAGUGGCCCUUUUUUCUGUGUCUGCUAAAUGUGUUGAUGCUUCAGCUUGCUGUCUGUAAUGCUUAUUUGUGCUGUUUCUUGCCUGUGAGAACGAGAUGUAGGCCGUUUACAAUAUCCCCCCCUGCACCUUUUCUGUGUCAUCAUGAGGACUUUAGGAAAAUGUUUACACUGAUUUUGUUGCAGUUCAGAGAUUUCCUGUUGUCCCUGAGCAGUCUGUAGACUGUAUAAACAUGUGUCAGUCUUUUAUAUCGGAAUAAAAUUAGUAUUUUACAUUCGG